AUGGAGGCCCGCCAGUGCGCACUGCUAGCCCUGGCCCUCGGGACCCUGUGUGCAGGCAGCACAUUUGGGGCCCAGAUCAUCGGGGGUAAGGAGGCUGCGCCCCACUCCCGCCCAUACAUGGCCUCACUGCAGAAAGACGGCUCCCACAAGUGCGGGGGCGUCCUCGUGCACCCACAGUGGGUGUUGACAGCUGCCCACUGCCUGAGCACGAGGCCAGAGCUGCUGAGGCUGAGGCUGGUGCUGGGGCUGCACACCCUGGGCCACCCCAGCCUCGCCUUCCGCAUCCGAGCGGCCGUGCGGCACCCCAACUACAGGCCUGUGCCAGCCCUGGAGAACGACCUCGCACUGCUUCAGCUGGACAGGAAAGUGAAGCCCAGCAAGACCGUCCAGCCCCUGCGCUUGCCCAGAAGUCGCCAGGUGGUGGCAGCAGGAGCUCGGUGCAGCGUGGCCGGCUGGGGGGUGACCCACCAGGGUGGGAAGCUGGCCCGGGCACUGCAGGAGCUGGACGUCCGAGUGCUAGACUCCAGGAUGUGCAACAACAGUCGAUUCUGGCAUGGUAGCCUCACCCCCUACAUGGUCUGCCUGGCUGCAGACAGGAACAAAGCCCCCUGCAAGGGUGACUCUGGCGGGCCCCUGGUGUGCAGCAAAGGCUGGGUGGCUGGAAUCCUGUCCUUCAGCUUCAAGGUCUGCACCGAUGUCUUCAAGCCCACUGUGGCCACCACUGUGACACCCUACGUGUCCUGGAUCAAGAAGGUCAUCCACUCCCACUGGCAGUCUCCGCCUCCAGCCUGA